AUGUCUCUUGCUCCUCUUUCGUUGGAUUUAUUCAGUGAUCACAUAGUCCAGUCAAUUGUCGACCAACUCCCAUUCGCUAUUGCACUUUGUCUUGCGAGUAACGGAACUUCGCCAUACCAAAAUCAACUUCUCAAUGCUGUUUAUAAACUUGUCGAAGUGUAUCCUCUAUCGGAUCUUAACGUGCCAAUAGAUAUCCAAUCUUUGAAAAGAAGAUUUCUACUAGGAUCUACACCGACCAUGCUUGUACAAACGAUUCUAGUUACCAGUUUAGACCCACUUCUAAAAUUGUUCGACACCUAUCCCAGUGUUCGUAUUCGUAAAUUGGUAGUUAAUUACAAAGUUUUGCAAGAAUUGAACCAAAAAAUGGCCAACAGAGUACUUAGUGUUGCUUUAAUUUGCAGUGAUCCAGACGUCUACGACUCAGAAUCAGAUUUCGAAAUGGCUGCUCAUCAAAUUGUGGACAUCCCAAAGAUUAUUAGCAAAAUCCAUGAAGACUUUUUUCCAAAGCUUACACACCUUGAAUUGGAUUUCAGAGGCUAUGCAAGAGGUACUCCAGAUAAACCCAAUGAUUUCUCUAGGAUGCCGAGUAACUUAGAUAGCAUUCAUCUACACAAUGUUAUGUUUGAGGGCUUGUGUGGUUUACCUACCCAUUUGAAGCAUUUGAAAUUAAUAGAAGACGAGCAUGGAUGGGAAAAUGUCCGUGAGCCCAUAAGCUUAGCUCAUCUUACCUUAUUAGCAUCUGUCGAAGUUAAGUCUCUCGGUAUGUUAGAGUUGCUGGAAUUACCAUGCCAGUUACAGAGAUUGAAAUUGAGUAACGUUAUUUUAUCUGAAGGGUUUGAUACUUUCGGCAAACUUACCAAAUUGAAACACCUACUGUUACAUAAUAUGAAGUUUGAUAGUUCAAAGAUCGCUCUACAUUCCUCUGAAUUGAGAGACCUUGAGCUCUCCUUAUAUGAUAUCAACAUUACACAUUCAAUUCUUAGAAGUGUCCCAGAGCCUGUCAAGAUCGAGAAGUUAACUUUGUUCGGCGUUUUUAACGUAAAAGAAUUGAAGAGGUUUUGUUCUUUAACUUCAUUGACUGCUAUUGAUUCUGACUUCGAUGAACUUCCCUUGAUCAAGAGUUUGGAGUACAUAAAAAUAACCCAGCUGAGAUUUGGCGAAGAAGUGUUGGUCGGAGAUUUUUCAAGUCUUCACCAGAUGAAGGAGCUAAUUGUAGCAGGCUGUGGAUUAAGGGGUAUUGGUUGUAAAUUCCCUACCAAUUUAGAGAUUUUAGAUCUUUCGGGUAACGAAAUACAAAUCAUAGUGGAGAAGCUACCUUCAAAACUUAAGAAAUUGGACUUGACUAGUAAUCUUAUUUCGAGCUUGGAGGAGGUAAUAGAUGGAUGUGAACAUUUGAAGGAAUUACUUCUAGAUGAGAACAGUAUUUCAGAGUUGUCAUCUACUACCCUUCCGCUUCCUGAUAGCAUUUGCAAUUUAUCAGUUCUAGAGAACACAAUUUACAAACUAGAUCCCAAAUUCCAUUUUCCCAGAAGUACAAGGAUUCUUAAUAUUCAGGCAUCUGGAUUACCCAUAAAAGAUUUGUUUGCCAUUCUACCUCCGAAAGUUGUCCUAUUCAGUUACGCAUCAGAUGUAAAUGUUACAACUACAGUGGACGACAAGAAAAUCGUAGUCGCCAGUCCUUAUCUUUGGGAUGUUAACCUUAUGAAGAUUGGCAAUUUUCGAAUCGUAUGGACAGAUUGCCCUAAGCUAGAAUACUUAGGUAUUAACUGCUCUCACAUGUUUCAGAUAUCUGUCGAAGAUUUUCCUCCAAAUAUUUGCCAGUUGAACCUUCAGGACAAUAAGAUUGAGCACAUUGAGGGAGAUUUUAGAAUGUUUCCUCACUUGGCAAAAGUAGAUCUCAGUUCAAACGAGUUGGAUGUAUGGAAGGGACAACACGCGGAUAAAAUCAUCCCUUCUAUGAUAUUCGAAUGA